CGAAUUCCCCCAAUGAUGAAUCGAAAAUGUCAAACCUUGGUACAAAGUGGGGAAUGACGGGAAUGCCGAAGGCUCUCUCCUCUGAGGGCUCCUGUGUUGAUUAGCCGAAGGCUUGCUGUUGUUGUCCUGGUGGUGCCGAAGGGGAGCCCCUCAAUCCAGGGAUCGAGGGCCUGCCAGAUGAGGGCAGCAGUGAAGUUGUUACCGGGGGGGUCCACUGUCUGUUGAUGAGUUGGUGAUGAAGAUACCCGAGGGCUCCCAUUACCAGUGUGCCAUGGGCCAUCCGUCAAUGGGGCACUCCCCGGGGGCUACCCGGUUUUGCAGUGCUGAGGGGGAACCCCGAGGGGUGCCCUGAUAUGCAGCCCUAGGGAUCUGAAGGGGUGAUCCCGAAGGCGUGUGUAAUGUACUGUGUGGGGCACAACCCGGGGGCACUUCUGGGUGAGUGCACCCGGAGGCUAUCUUUGAUGAAGUGGAGUGAAGUAGAAAACCCGGGGGCUUCCAAAAUAUAGCCGUUGGAAAUAUAGCCGUUGGAAUAUGUAACGACGGGAUAUAGCCGUUGGGGGGGGGGCACACGUGGCGUGUGAUGGCUGGCUGUCCGUGGGCGGCGUCACCGGUUGGGCGAAGACGCGGUGAGUAAUGAUGGCGUCCAUCCGGAGGCCCGGAACCCAGGCCCAAGCCCGGAUUCCAGCGCCUAUAAAUACCCCAAGGCCAGGCAUUCCUCUGUGUGCGAAAAACUUGUUAGCGAAGCUCUGCCAAUUUUUCUAGAGAGAGAAACAACAGCCCUCGAUUGAAUCCUCCGUUCUUAAGGUCAGUUCUCCCCUUGUCCUUCAGCCUCUUAGCUACCUGUACUGUGCCCUUAGGUUAGGAGAUAGAAAAUUUAGAAAACACUAGUGUCCGCGAGCUUUCGAACCAGAGUCAGCAUGUCGUCCCAGAGUGAUUCCCAGGAUAUUUCGGGGGAGCCUUCGGUAGAGAUGGUGACAUGCUCAGAUGUGGAGUCUUCGAGUGUGGAGUCCUCGGCAGCCGGUGAUGCCGCAGUGGCUAUGGAAGUGGAGAAGGACCUCCAGGCCGAAGUCGAAGCCGAGGGCUUCGAGCAAGAGAACGAGGAUGAGGAGCUUGCCCUUGCCGUGCAAACCGCCGAGCAGGAAGAGGAGAGGGAGCGGCUGAAGGUGACGGUUGCCAUUCCUCCCCCCCGGGGUGCCGGGGAAGCCAGCUCCUCCCGGCCAUUGGACCCGACACCAAUAAGUGUGGCUCCCGGGAAGAAAAACAAGACGAAGGCGGCCCCGAGGAAGAAGCAAGCGGCAGUGGAUGCCGGGCGGCCGGUGGGCAUACCCGAGGGCCAUUCGUUCUUGAACACUGCUGCUCUAGAGCUGAAGACGAAGGCGUCCCCGGCAGAAUACCAGUCCACCCAGAUGCUGGUUGGGCCUUCAGCGCGCGUGGUGGAGCCCAGGGCGGAUGAUUUGCUGCGAUACGCGCCCGAGGGGUGCUUUGCUGCUCACACCCUCUCGGUGGAAAUGGGGCUCCGGUUCCCGCUCCAUCCUUUCCUCUUGGAGUACCUGAGAUUCGUGGGGUUGGCCCCUUGCCAGCUAACGCCCAACAGCCACUCCUAUGUGGCCGGCUUCCUUUCCUUGUGUCAGAGCCGGGGGGUCGAGCCCACACUCGACCAAUUCUUCAUGUCCUUCAACCUGUGCCGGGGGGGACAUUCAAAUGCUGAGGGCUUUGCCAACCUUCAGCAGGUACCAGAGUUCCGGCUUUUCGAUGAUGUGACCUCGUCUCACAAGGGGUGGAAGGAGAGGUUCUGUUAUAUCCGCCUCGAGGAGAAUCCCUUCCCGGCCCAACUCCGUAAUAGCUUCCAGCGCCACCCGAAGGUGGGGAGCGCAGCUUUGGAGAAGAACGACAAAGUGCUUGCCAAGAAGCCGGAGGGGUCUGACAAGCAUGUCAAGAUCAGAGAAGUCACCCUUCCGGAGGAUCUGCUUAACCUAUGCUUCCGGCAGUUCAGGCCGAGGGGCUCCUCGGAUGAGAGAUACCCUCCCCUCGAUCGGGUCUUCGAAGGCGCCGGAGGUAGCAAUAUGGACGUUGGUUCCCUCUUCGCUUUAAAAAACGCGAAAGGAAAGAAGAAGGCCCCGGCGGGCGCUCCUUCUAGGGAGGGGCCCUCUCAAACUGUUGGCGCUGCUGCUGGCGCCGGAGGGUCCAAGGGUUUCGGGCCCGUAAAAAAGAAGGUUGCUGGAAAGGGGGCCGAGCCCCCGGCCAAGAAGCCGAAGACCGCCGCCCCUACCAAACAACCGAUCACCGAUGUGGUGGUGAUUGUUGACGAAGGGCACGCUUCUGCCUCCACCCCCAGGAACAAAUCAAUCAGGAGUUCUUUGGGCGGGAGAGGUUGGAGGCGAUAGUGCCGAAGGGGGCCUCCGUGUUGGAGGGCAAUUUGAACCCUUCGGCUUUGAUGAGCCAGAUGCUGCCGUCGGCUGACCGGCUGGCCCUUGCCCGGCUAGACGAGGGACCCCUCGAGGCGAAGGUCCUCCUGAAUGCCGCCUCCGUAAGUCCCCCUCUCUUCCCUGCUCAUUGCUAUGUUUUUCUUCCGUACUCUGUUCCUUAUGCCUUAUUUUUGCCUUCGUGAAUUGCAGGCUUUCAUGGGCCUCUGCGAGCACCUCCGAAGGGUGGAUCAAAUGAGGGAGGCCAAGGGUGCCGUCGAGGGGGAGGCUGCCCUCCUCAGGAAGAAACUCGCUGAAGCCGAGGACUCUCUAUGGCUGGCCACCGACGGCAUGGAGCAGAGGUUGCAGGCAGCAAGGGCCACCGACGCCCGUAUCGCUGCCGAUGAAGCCCGCGCGGCUCAAGAAGAGGCUGUCUCCAAGGCCCGAGAGGAUGCGGUGGCCAGCUUCGUGGCCGAGGGGUGGAAGGCCGAAGACCGGAGGGAGUGGCUGGCUUCGGUGGUGGGGGCUUCAGUAGAUGAGUGGGUCGGGGGCCUCGGGAAGAUGUGGCUUGCUGAGAGGGGCGACUCGUACUACCAAGGCGGGGAGUUCUUCACCCAACGCCUCAUCUACCGGAAGCUUGCGAAGCACUUCCAGGUGGCACCGGAGGAGUUCCGUCCCGAGGCUUAUGGCCUCCCCCCCCCCCCCCCCCCCCCCCCAGCCAGAUGUCAGGAUCUCGCUCCCCGAGGGGGAAGAGAGACCGGUUCUUGAAGACUCGGAGACCCUCCGGGAGUGCGGCCUUGGUGGUGAAGAGGAUGAAGCCGAGAGUGAGGCGAUAUCUACAGUUCCCCCCUCUUAAAUUGUACUUCCCCCUUUUGGUGUUGUAAUUUGUUGGCCUCGGCCCCCUUUGUAAAGCACAAUCAAACUACUUUUUUCUUUGUUGAAUGAAUGAGUACACAUGCCCUCGAGCCCCUGUUAUACAAUCUGUUUCCUUUAGAUUUGUUUAUUGCCGAAUGCAUGCCUUCGUCUUGAUUUGGAUGUAUGUCUUGAUAUUUGGAAUGUAUGUUUCCGGACUUAGAAUGUUUUCUGAUUGUAGCUUGCCACUGGAAGCCUUCGGUAGUUGGG